AUGGCAAAUUCAGGUUCUAAUUUAUUAUCAUCAACUAAUAAAUGGCAUUCAACAGCAACACAUACUUCAUCUUCAAUCACAGCUACACAUGGUUAUCGUCAUCGUCCAUCGAUUCCUUUAUCAGAUAUUUCAGCAAAUAUGAAUACAGCAGCAAUGACAACUUUUUCAAGAAAAUGUAUUUAUGUUAAAGAAGUUAUUAGUGUUAAUAAUAGUGCAGCACAUUUGCCAUUGGUAUCAUCAGAUAAUAGUAGUGCAAGUGAAUGUGAAAGUGGAGAAUUAAGUUCAGAUGAAUAUCCAUCACAAAUUAAACUUAAACCUAAAUCAAUUACUCAUUGUCAAGAAAAUCUAUCAGAUCCAACAUAUGAAAUGGGCACUUUAGCACAAUUACUUAAUCAUUCAUUUUCUGGUCAUAAAGAUAUAUCGAUGGCAUCUCAAAAACAUGAAUCAGAUAUUCAUCGUCAUGUAGUACCUGAUAAUCGAAUGCGUUCAUCAUCGUCAUCAUCAACACCUCGAAUUGAAGCUCCAUUAAAAGCUCGUCGUUUAUCAGAACAUUUAUCAACAACGAUUGAACGACAAAAAACACGUAGUGAACAACGAAAUAAUGCAUAUAUACAAUUAAAACAUAUAGCUCAACGACGUUUAAAUGUUGUUGCAGAACUUGUUACAUUAGAUGAACAAUAUGAAGCAACACUUGCCAAAUUAUUACUUCCAGGCAAUCAUUAA